GGAGCGUAAAUAGCUCAUGAUUUAUCACAACUUUUAUUUGUCCUCAGUGCGUGUCAAGUACAAAUUUUGGCCCAGAAUGUCGAUAAGAUGGCGGGACGAUUCCUGGAACAUAUUUAUUCCGGAUCUUCAUGAUUAACAGCGUUUCGACGAUCACGACGCUGUACUGUGCAACUGGUGUUAUACCGCGUUGUGAAAAUAUAUCGCAGUGAGUACAAAUUUCAAUGUUGUUGCUACGCGGAAAUGAUCCUUACGUCCAUUUAUGAGGAUCAAAACCAAAACAUUUGUCACUCGCCUCGCUCAAUCUGAAUGCGUGGACAAUAUUGUGACUGCCAAGGCGAUCGUCGUUCGUUUAUCUCAUUCUCAAUGUAUAUACAGUGCAAAAUUGACAAAAUAUGUAAGAUAAUAACGAACAAUUACAAUUAUAUGCAUGAACAUGUUAUAGGAUCAAAUAUUUUUCGUAUAUUAUAACGUGAUUUGCGAUUUGAAUCCGUAAAAAGUAAAAGUGAAGUGCGCGGAUAUAUUCUCAUAGCGAGUGGUUUUUGAUAUUCAUCAAAUGUCUUCGAUGGAGCUUCAACGUUCAAGACGAAAUUUACAGCAGGAGGGCAUAAAACUAUAAACAGCUAUAAAUACUUUAGCUGAUUCCCCAAAGAAUCUUUCACCAUAAAAGACGUUGAAUCCGCGGGACAUUCUCUGCAAAGGAGGACAUAGACAGAGCACCGAGUAACUUGCGGAAAAAUCUACCAGAAUUGGGCAUACAUACAUGUCAAGCGUACCGCAACAUGAUCCUUCCGUUGAUCGUCGAGGUGCUGCAUAAAACUAAUGAAAGGGAAGAUGUUUUGGGCCUAAAGAGUUGUGCAAUGAUGGGUCUGCAGGCGACGGCAGGUAAACGCAAAUUGGAGGGUGGUGGCGUUGGCUGCAUGGAAUUCCACAUGGACUUGGGCGAGAGCCCGUCCAAGAUCGGACGCGUGGACGGUAGCUGGUGGGCGAUGGACGACAGUUACGGGCCGCCCCUGAGCCAGACGUCGACGUCGUAUUACGAGAUGGAAGUCAGCUCACCCUGCCUACAAGCGACGAACCCCUGCCAGCCCGCGGCGACGAGUUCCCCGCAAUCGCAACAGCAGCAGCAAUCGCCGCAACACCCGUCGCAGCAUCAUCCAUCUUCCCAACCACCGCAACAAGCGCAGCAACAGCAGUCGGCGCAGCAGCAGCAGCAGCAGCAGCAGCAGCAGCAGCAGCAGCAGCAGCAGCAGCAGCAGCAGCAGCAGCAGCAGCAGCAGCAGCAGCAGCAGCAGCAACAAUCGUCGGUGUCAGCCUCAACAUCGGCCUCAUCCACGGUGACGCAGCUGCAUCAUCACGCGCAACAUUAUUAUCACCAUCAGCGCAGCGCCGUCACCCCCAUUGGCAGCAACGGCUACAGCCAGCUGAGAGCUCAGCCGCAGUGGGGCCUGCAUCAUUACGAACCGCCGACGAUACGUCGCGAGGAGAACGGCAAGAGCUACUUGGAACUCGGCUCGAGUUACCGGGCGAACGAGCGAUGUUGCGAGGGCUCCAAGUCCAGCUGGUGCCGGCGCGGCCGGGCUUGCUAUCGACAACGCCGAUUGGCCGUGCUCAACAUCUCCAUGUGCAAGCUUGCCAGGUACCGCCAGUUUCCAGACCCGAGCCUCCACCGAUCGGUCCUGAUCUGCAACACCUUGAGACACCUGGAGCGUGAGAUGGAGAGGGACAGGAGUCCACCGCCCAUGGAGCCAGUAAUACCGGCGCCGAUAGCUCAACUGCAAUCGCCCGAGCAGGGCAGGUUAACGCCUUUCCCGGUGCCGCCGACAUCGUCGGGCGAGACCGACGUCGACUCCGGCAUCGGCGACAGCGACGACAGCCGAUCGAUCAACUGGGGCAGCGUACUGUCCCUGUCGAGCCAAUCGCCGCUCGACCCGCUCAACAACAACGAACUACUGGACGUGGACAUAGGCCCCGAUCUCGAUCUGGACUUUAUGCCCGGUUGGAAGCUAACGUCCCUCUCAACGGACGACAUCCUGAGAAGUACAACGACGACCCAGGAGCAGCAUCAUCACCACCACCACCACCACCACCACCACCAUCAUCAGCAUCACCAUCACCAGCAGCAACAGCAGCAACAACCGCAUCAGACGCAGCAGCAUCUGAUGUCGUCGGGAAGCAGUUGCGGCAGCAGCUGCAGCAACAGCAACGUCGUCGGUAGCGCCGGCGUCAGCAAUGUCGGUAGCAGCAGUAGUACGCACGAGUCGCUGAUGUGCGUGGGAUCAUAGCCCUCAACUUUAACGUCGUUGAGUCAUCUCAUCGAUUUCUAUCCGCUGACGCCGCAGGGCAAGUAGAUGAGCGGCGGUGGUGGCCAGCACGCGAUUCGCGCAGUCCUGGAAGGCGGUGGUGAAACGUACGGCACGUCCUCCCUCCGGAGCGCUCGACGUCCGGGCCGGCGACUCUCGAGGAGUCCCCCAUCCAUCUCUCUGUUUCGCGUUAAUUUAUUGCCGCGUCAAUUACACACACAAAACAUACAUACAUACGCGCGUACGUAUAGACAGACGGACACACAUAUACAUCGAACCCUCUGUGACAUUUUCGUUCUUCCUCCGCUCAUCUUGCCACCGCUACUACUACUGCUCUACCACGGCUACUUGCUCUAACCCUAUUAUUCUAUCGUUACCACUUCUACUACUAUCCAACCGCGACUAUUUACCACUAUCGUUACCGUUACUUCUACUACUAUCGCUACCAUUGCUAAUACUACUAUUACUACUAUUAAUAAUACUUACUACUACUAUUACUAUUAUUAUUACUAUCGCUAAUCAACGUGUCUCCCAACGUAUCUGCUCCCCGAGGGACGGACGCGUCAUAACACGCGGCACUCGCAGGUGCAGACAAGACAGAGCGCUCUGAGGGCUUUACGAAAAGAAGAGAGGACAAGGGCGAAGGAUGGGACCUAUUCGCGAACCGACAGGUGUUAUUCGCGUUGGAUGAUCGGCAGUGUCGCGGUAGAAAUUCGGGCGGCUUUCAUAUCGAGCUACCGCGUACGAGAUUAUCAUGUACCGUCAUUUUAUCCACCGUAGAAUUUCGAAGCCGGGUUGCAAGCUCAAUUUAUGUGUACCUCGUGAAAGAUUCACAGACGCUGUAAUCUUCCAAUAAACGCGCAACCACGUGCGAUUUCACAUUCACCGCUGAUAAGGCGCGUUUGUUGGAAGAUCAAGGCAAUGUUUUUGCAAUUGCAUCCGCGAGCUCGAAAAUCCACGCGUGAGUCCUGCGCAAGGCGAUUAAGACGUGUGAGGAAAAGAUGGGAAAGAAGGGAUCUCGACUACGCCGAGUACGAAGAAUCUUCUUCGGGGCUGGGAAACGACGGGAACCGUUGUGAUCCAAGUCUUCCAGCCCGGAGAAUCUGCUCCUUCGCGUUUUCAUUCGUGAGUUGAAGCCUAAAGUUGCUCGAGAAGGCCGUCCGGGGGGAUUUUGUUUUCAUGGAAUUCGAUAGUCCGCGACUCUGAGGGGGAAGGAAAAACGCAACCAAUUGCUGAUGACGCACCACCCGCGCAUAUACGUACACGGACACACACACACACAUUUAAAUUACACACAGUAUAUAUGUACAACCGCCGUGGCCUAUAUUACAUGCACGACGCACGAAGAGACACGCACGAGUGCAAGUGCAUGAAAGUUGUAUGGUGCUACAAGGCGGUUGCAACCUGGUGCUUCUCUCCUCUAGACGACACACAGACACACACACAGACACACACACAGACACACACACACACACACACAUAGACAUGCUCUGUGAGCCGAACGCGUACCGAAUUCGCACGGAUCGCUCGCAACGUCCGUCACUCGGGGGGUCGUCGUGACGCGUCCUGCCGUCGUAAGCACGAUACGAUACGUAAAUCGGAGAAGACGUCGGCGUCUUGAUCGAGGAACCGAUCGCACUAUCGCCAGUUAGUCGCAAAUUCCGCUUGUCCGAGUAUUUCAUCUCGCAUACGAAAGGUCACACAUUUUUGAGAAAGGUACAAGGGAAAUGUAACGAAGGCCUCAAUAUCCGCAGAAAAACAAAUUUUACGAUGUUAUUAAGACAAAGAUGCUCGGCUCUACAUCACUCUUUUCUGUAAAUAAUAAUAUGUUGAGAGAUGUGCGACCUUAGAACUCGAGAAACAUCCCGUAUUAAAGAUGAAGUCAUAAUUUUGAACGGAAGUGUCCGCGAGAAAAUGACAAACGAGUCGCUUUUGAUAUAAAAAUGUAGAAUCAGGAUAGAUUGAAACGAGCCGUUAGUGCGAUUCAGCCUCGAUGGUUUGCGCAAUACGAAAAAAGGGGAGGACAAUGAGGGUUCAAGCAUUUGCGUUGGAACUGCGAGACAUAUUUGGGCUGUGUAAUAGCAUUAACGCUCGCAUUUGACCAGUGAGUGUAGCAUGAUGAGUAUUGCGAUCAGAACAAAAGUUAUUUUCGUACAGCGAUAAAUAUACGAAAU